CAAUUUAAUAUAAAACAAAACGGUUGUUUCUUUCAUUUUACCACAAUUUCUUACUUAACAAGCAUUGAAUUAUUUUUUGCUUUUUAAACCUUUUUUCAUUUUUUUCCUUUUUUUUUGUGUGCUCUUUUUAAAGUUCAGUUUAAUAAUAAAAGAACAAAAUUCAAGAAGUGUAAGCAAGUGGCUGAUAAAAAGAAUCGAAGAGAAAUCAAUUUUCCCUUUCUUCCCUUUUUUUUUUUUUUUUGCUUUCAUAAAAAACAAUUUUUUGCAUACUUUUUCUUUUUUUGUUUAAUUUUUGAUGGGAAAUCAAUAACAAAAGAAAAAAAAAAAAAAAUUUUAAAUAAAAUCUAAAAAAAACACUUGUGAAUACAAACAAGUUUUACAACGACAACCGAAGCAUUAACGUUUUCUUCAGCUAUUACGUUAGCCUCACUUUCUUUGCGUUUUUCGCUAAAGUGCAUAACAACUGCCGAAAAAGGCAAAAAAAAAAAAAAAAAAGAGAAGAGAAGAAAAAAGAAAGAAAAAAAAGGAAAACCCCAGCAACAAUAAAAAGAAAAAACCGGUAAAAAGAAAUUCAGUGCAAACAUGUUUCGAGCACGCCAUCAACUGGACAAGAUUAUCAUCACUGCCAUGGAUCGUUUCGUUUGGUUUGUGCUAUUGAUUGUCAUGUCACAUUUAGUUACCGAAUUCACAAGAGUAACCAGUGGUAAUGCACGAUCAACGCUCCAUCAUAAUCCGGUCACGGCGAACGACAUCGGUGUAAAUACAACUUAUAAAAAUGUCAACACUAAUGCAACAACUUGGCCAGAAGUUACAACUUGGACAAUACGCCCUAGCAGUAAAGCGCUAUUACUACCUCGACAACAACAACAACAAGAGCAACAAGAACAACAACAACAACAAUCUAUAUUAGAAUUACAACAAUAAUAAUGAUUACGAUUGUUUGUACGACAAUUUCGUUGCAAUACAUGAUGGUGUGCUAAUUACAAUACCAAGAUACGGCAAUGUAAAUAAAUGAUAGCAACUGGAGCGUUACUAACCAUUAGAAUUAUGGUAAAUACAAUUUAGCAAUUAGUCAAUUGUACGUUUAGUACGCAAGCAGAUGCGAACAAAACUAGAAUUGCGGCUAAACGCACAACACGUGAAUAAACAAAGAUAUUUAUUGAUUAAGAUAAAGCUUAAUGUAAACGAUUAUGCUGCAAUACAUUUAGUUAUUGUAUACGAUUUAAUUUCAUUCCCGAAAGAAGAAAAAAUUCUUAAAUAAUGUCUACACUUAAACUAAGAUAGUUAUUAAUGAGUAUCUUACGAGAAAUUGAAACGAGAAAAAAAACUCAAUUCGUUUUUUGUUCUCAACAAUUUAUUUUCACAAGGAACAUCUACAAUGUUUCCAAGUAUAAUAGACGGAUACUUGAAAAACUUCUACCAAGCAGCUGUCAUUAAUUUGUUGGCUUGUUUGACAUCGCAUUUGUCACUUAGGGAGGGAGGCAAUAGCAACAACAACAACAACUAGUACAAAAUUACAUCCUUAACAACAUCAACACAUUGCAGAUACAUACAUACAUACACGUAUAUAUAUAUAUAUAUAUAUAUAUAGACUUAUGCAUACAAGCCUUGCGCUCUACUCUAUGCUAUGCUAAGAAAAGCAAAAAUAAACGAAAGCUUAAACAUCUUAAGUUCGAGGGCACAGUACCGAAGAUGACAAUUAUUGCGAAUAGAAGACAAAAAAAAAAAA